CAUCAGGACAGUGACCAUAAAACAGGUGUUUUGUGGAUAUUGAAUGCUGUGUGCAUGCAGCUGCACUCCAAAGAGCGAUUGGCUGAUACCUGACCUGAUGUCCCAAGUAUUAAAAGGAGGUCAAAAAAGAAGUUAGUGCCAUCAGUUGAGUCGUGAUUUUUAUGCGAAAGGACAUCUUCCGUAGAACUCACUUUAUUGCGAAACCGAGUGGACUUCAAAAUGAUCCGAAGCAAAACCGGUGUCGACUGCUCGCGCCCCGCCCACGUGAUGUACAUGGUCGUGCUCUGGGGUUUCAUCCUGCUCGCUAUGGUGAUGGACUCCCAUGGUUCAAUGAUCUCAUCACCAGGAAAUACGUUUGUCUUUGGAACCAAGCCAAUGGAAGAAUGCGGAAAUUUUACAUACGCGUUCAAGCGGCCCAGGAACUUUCAAGACUGUAUUGGCAAAGAGAUGGUGUACUCAAAAGCCGCGGUCGCCUGCGAGAGUACAGCUUGUUCGAAAGUUGGUCGGGACAUAUUGAAGAAAGGUGGUCAUGCAGUUGAUGCCGCCGUAGCCGUUCUAUUGUGUGUCGGGGUGCAGAAUCCGGAGGCGUCCGGAAUCGGAGGCGGCCUUCUCAUGAACAUCUACGACAGGAAGAAGAAACAGUCCUUUCCAAUAGAUGGCCUCACGACAGCGCCGGCAGCAGCUGCAGAUUUAGAGCAAUAUGCUGACAAAGAGAAUCAAGCAAAAGGACUCCCUUCGAUAGCAGUUCCAGGGGCGAUGGCUGCCUUACAGGCAGCACACAAUCGAUUCGGCCGCCUUCCCUGGGCCGAGUUAUUUGAACCAAGCAUCAAGAUGAUGGAGGAAGGUGUCCCCCUUGAUUUCUCUACGGCAGAUGCCCUCGUCUAUCCGGACUUUGUCAACGAGACUAUGAUUGAGGAUGUAAAAACAAAUCCAUCACUGAGAGCAUUGUACCUUGACGAAUCGACAGGAGCACCCAAAGAGGAAGGAGACAUCGUGUUCUAUCCAAAGCUCGCUAAGACUUACAGACGACUUGCUCAGUUCGGUGGAGUUGAUUUCUACAAGGGCAAGAUAGCCAGGGAUAUCGUAAAGGAGCUAAGAGGACGUUUCACUUCGAAGGACCUUUCCAACUAUUCCGCCAGGUGGCGGGAUGCAAUAGCCGACUAUGUUAGUGGUCAUCGAUACUACACGCUUCCACCGCCCUCUUACAGUGGUCUGAUACCACUCUUUUUCCGCAUUCUUGAAGGUUUUCACAUGACAAAGAAGGACCUCGAAGAAGGACCCGAGCAGGCUGCCUUGUUUUAUCACAGAUUCGUAGAAGCAGGAAAAUUCGUAUAUAAGACAAGGAAAUAUCUGGCUGACCCGGACUUUUAUCCAAAUAGCAUAAAGAAUUUAACCAAAUUAUUGACACAGGAAUAUGCUGAUGCAUUGCGCGCUAAGAUUGACGACAGCAGAACAUACAGAGACGCACAACAUUACGAGGACAUCAUGAUUGAUGAAGGAAAUAAGCUUGGAACCUCUCAAGUGACGAUCGUGGACGAAGAGGGGAACGUAGCGUCCGUUACCAGCUCAAUUAAUUUGCACAUGGGUUCAAAGGUGGUUGGUAGCCGAAGCGGCAUCAUCUACAACGACCUGAUGUCUGACUUCACAUACCCUGGCGUUACACCAGUAGGCAAAAUGGUUCAGCUUUUCCCCGUCCCUGGGAAGCGAAUAAUGACCCACACCAGUCCCUUCGUGAUGGUCGACGAGAAUGGGGACGUCAAGUUUGCGGGCGGAUCGUCGGGGGCUCAUCGCAUCACAACAACGAUCGCGCAGGUCCUGGCCAACAUUUUUAUCUUCAAAAAGACACUGAAAGAAUCCAUUGACGAUCCUAGGUUGUAUAACUUAAACCUGCCACUUAACCAGAACACUCUUGUUAACCCAGACUUCAAGAAUAAGGAGAUCCUAAAUCUGCUGGAGAAGAAGGGACACCAGAUCUAUUUCUACUGUUACAUACCGUCAGGAUUCCACGGGAUCCUGGCACAAGACGGAAAACUACACGCUUACGUCGAUCACAGGAAAUUUGGCUGCCCUGCCGGGUAUUAAAAAUAAACAUUUCGAAGAUUCAAUUAUCAAUCAUUGAUUGUUGAUUUGUUUUAAUUUGCUGUCGAUUAGUGAUGUCAAAUUGAAUGGAAACACCCAAUUUCGGACCAAAACUAAGGGAGGUUCUAUUGUAUACACAAAAAGGUGCUCCCUUUCGCAAACGUUAUUACUCUCGAAGACUCCUUAUUUUACAUGUGAAGAGUAGCAUAUUUUUUGCCAUUUAUGUACAAAUUGAACCAGGUCCAUUCCACAAACGGGGUUAUAAAAUCCACCAAGCAAGAGAGUGAACUGAUCUUUUGUCUAACAUAGUAAAAAUGCGAGUGCUUGAACUGAUCUUUUUCCUAAAAUAGUAGGAAAGCGAUAGUUUGAACCGAUAUGUUGUCUAAAAUAGAGGCAAAACGUUAACUUGAACCGAUAUUUGUCCCUAAUCCGACUGAUGCAUGAUUUCAUUUAAUAUUUUAUAAA